AUGUCGUCGUCGAGCUCAAAUGCAGGUGGAAGGAGGAGUAAGGGUCGCCAGAAGAUUGAGAUAAAGAAGAUGGAGAAUGAAAGCAACCUGCAAGUGACCUUCUCGAAGCGACGAGCCGGCCUCUUCAAGAAGGCCAGUGAGCUUUGCACUCUCUGUGGGGUUGAGGUUGCCCUAAUCGUCUUCUCUCCCGGCGACAAGGCUUUCUCGUUCGGCCAUCCAAGUGUCGAUGCUGUUUUGGACCGUUUCCUGAAUGGUGGUGUGCCACCACAGCCUCCGUCAGCUUCCAUGCAGAUGAUGGAGGCUCACCGGAGCGCUGCCGUCCAGGAACUUAACGAUCAGCUCACUCGCCUCAUGGAAGAGCUAGAGGUGGAGAAGAAGCACGGAGAAGAACUCAACAGGAAGUUGAAGGAGAUGGAGACCAAGUUCUGGUAUGCUCAACCGAUUAAUAGUCUCACCAUGGAUCAGCUAGGGAGCUACAAGGCGCGUCUGGAGGAGAUGAAGAAGACAAUGUGGGGCCGAGCUGAUCGGGCUAUGCUCCAUGUUGCUUCAAAUGCCAACAAACCUUCUCAGUUCUAUGUGGGUAGCAGCUCUUCCGCGGGCUGCCGGCUGCCGCCGCCGCCACCGCCAACGCAGAAUAUGGCAGCUCCACCUCCACCAGCCCAGGUGUUUCCUCCCCCUCUCGCGCAGCCAUUCCUGCAGCAAUCUCCGAUAAUGUUCGAAGGAAACAUGAUGAUGUCGCCACCCCCGCCUUUGCCUCCGCCUCCUCCACCACCUGCUCCUCAAGGAUUCCAGCAGUAUCAGAACCUGGAAGAGAACAGCGGAGCAGGAUACUGUUGA